GGGCUUGGAAACCGGGACUGCAUCUGGCAACGCUGUCAGCAAUUAGCAAACAUCUGAACUAGCAGAACGCUUUGAGAGCAUCAGCGGCCGUGCUCUGACAUUUCUGAACAAAAUGGCCAGUUACGCUUUCAAAACGGUUCUCGGCGACGUCCAGUUCUUGUCUCGUAUGAAAGGAAAACGCAUUAAACUGACUCUGAAGACUUCUUCGUUCUCCGGCGUCAUCCAACAUAUCAAUGAAAACAAGACGUUGGUUUUGGCGGACGUUCGUGACAAUAAUGGACGCAAACAUCCGGGAACUAAACUCUUCUUCGGACGUGAGAUCAUGAAUGUUGAAUUCGACAACGAAGAAAAUGAUGACAGAGAAAUUAGUCACGGCGUGUCUGAGGAGCAGCUCUAUGUGGAGACGUCUGAGCCAUACAGGAAGCUAUUAACGUUAGAUGAUCAUGAUGAAGAGGAGUGCAUAAACUUUGUCGUCAUUGAUCAGAUCCAUGAGAAGUUUGGACCCGCUGUGAUGGACAUUAAGAAGCAGGAUGUGAUUGGUGUGGGAAGUGAGGGAGUUGAGAACUUUAAAAACGGAAGACUGUGUUGGUUGCAGAUUGCCACCAAAAACAAGGUCUACUUGUUUGAUAUUCUUCUGCUUGGUGCGCUGGCCUUUAAAAAUGGUCUCUCCAUGAUUCUGGAAAGUAAGCAGAUACUGAAGGUCAUUCAUGAUUGUCGAGCCAUUGCUGGGAGUCUGACAGUUCAGUUCAGGGUAAAAAUAACCCAUGUAUUUGACACACAGGUGGCAGAUGUCAUGUGCUUCCACUCGAAGACUGGAGGUUUCCUUCCUGACAGAGUCAGCACUCUCCCAGAAGUAGUGAGUCUCUACCUAAAGGUGCCCUCCUCCAGGCUCGCGUCUCUUCGUCUGAGGUCACAGCUCACCAAGGAAGACAUGGACAUGUGGUACAAGCGGCCUUGCCCUCUGCCGCUGCUGAAGGUGAUGGCUUUGUCUGUGAUGUAUCUAAAGCCUCUCAGACUGAUGCUGCUGGACACUCUGAUGACAGACUACAUGGUCCUGGUGGAUUCGUAUCUCAACAGUAGCGUCUAUGAACCCGAUGUACUGGAGCAUGUCACUAUGGAUAAUGUGUUGGAGUUACCCAAGGAGCUCAGGCAGCUGGAUGAGAUGCACAGUAACCGGCGGGAGUGGGCUUGUAAACAAUACCCUGUAACAGAACGAGGUCUGCUGUGCCGCUUCAGCCCGUAUUCCGACUCGGGAACCGCACCCGCUGCAAAUGGCCACAGCAGCACGCAGUCUUACGUCUUGGAAGCCCGAGCUCCAGCACCACGUCCAUCACCAAAAAUGGACCUUCCUGACAUGCAGCAAAUCCCGCAGUGUUCAGGUGUCACCAGUGUUUCUUCCCUAGGUGCCUCUUCUAACCCUCAAGCCACUGUUAAACCCUCAGAAAUGUCUGCAAAUACUCCUCUUUCUGCAACUGUAAACGACCUCAUCCAUUCAUUCCGGUCUUUCAGAAAUUAGGUGCCAGCCUAUAAAACCAAACCCUAGUUCAGAGGUCUUCAACUCCUAUCCUUGAGGUCUAGUGUCCUGGAACCUUUUAGAUGUGUCCCUGAUCCGACGCACCUGAAUCAAAUGGCUGCAUAACCUCCUCAGUAGGAAGGCAAAUUCUCCAGAGUCCUCCUAAUGACCUGGUUAUCUGACUAUAUUAUGCUGCAUCAGAGACAAAAAAAAAAGGUGCAGGACAGCGGACCUCGAGGACGAGUCCAAGACCCCUGCCAUAGUUGUUUCAUUCAUGUUCUGACCAGUAGAUGGCAGUAAAGGUUCUUCUUUUAUAAAAGUUGCAUGUCAUCCUCACAUUAGGUAAUUUUGACUUUGGACAAAAAAAA